AUGAGCAUUCGUGCUGAUAGUAAUGGCGAUGAUGAUGGGAUUGCCAUGAACGGCAUGACGGGACAACCAGGCCACACUAUGGAAGGACUCAAUACACCUGGACUAUCUGAAAAGCACCCUCCCAUGAACAAGUCAUGUUCCGACAAGGCACAUGUGCAUGAGGUGACAGCCAAGAUAGUUGGCGCGUACUCAGAAAUACCUUCGCAUGCAGCACGCGCUCCUUCAAAUGUCCGAUCUCACGAUGUCAAGGUGGACACUAAACCUUCACAGGUCGAAGAAUCUCCUGCUUCCCUAGGUCACAUCAUUGAAGCUAAGCCCACGGCCACUCUGUACACUGUUGAACAGCACUCCACACCUUUCCCACUGACUCCAUUCAUUCAGCCCAUGUCUCCAUCCAGUAGCAGCGAGCCAUCUCAACAUUGUUUACGUCGCACUGGCACCAUCAUGCUCAGCUUCACUGAUGACAUCAAGGAGAAGGUCCUUGUGCCAUCUCUCAGCAUGUACGCCGAUUAUUAUAUGUUGUCACAUGGAUAUACUUACCAUGCACGGGUGGAGGUGGUUGUGAUGUUCGCUAAUAGCUGCAACAGGGAGGAUGUUGUCACUCACCUCCAUGGUGCUGACAUCCCUGCAAAGCACCUGAAAUUUGUGUACUUUCUAUGCAAGAAUUGCAUCUGA